GGUCAGGGCCAUUGACAAGCUGCUGCUGAUGCUGACUGCCUGGCGAACAACAAAACGAUAACUAGCGUUUACAAUCAGCAACUUAUUGAGUUAGAAAGGCUGUAUAUUGUUUCUCUCUCUGUCUCUCUCUCUCUCUCUGUCAGAUGGAAUACCAAAAACCAGCGGAGAUGAACGGUCAUUGUAAUGGGACCGGGAAGCAGCUGGUGACAGAUUUCCGCUAUAAUAACGGUUUCAGUGAGCUGAGCCUCGAGACCAAGAAGACCACUGUACAGCAGCGGAAACAGCAUGAGACGUCCCGUAAAGAUGCUGAGGAUGAGUCCCGGUUACCGGCACUCGAAGCAGCGUACAGCAGCAUCUUGCGGGGGCUCGGGGAGGACACGGACCGGCAGGGGCUCCUGAGGACGCCUCUAAGAGCCGCCAAGGCUAUGCAGUUCCUUACCAAGGGAUACCACGAGGACGUGUACGACAUCCUGAAUGAUGCCAUAUUUGACGAGGACCAUGACGAGAUAGUGAUAGUAAAAGACAUUGACAUGUUCUCUCUCUGUGAACACCACCUUGUACCCUUUUUUGGCAGGGUACAUAUCGGAUACCUGCCAAAUAAGAAGGUGGUCGGGCUUAGCAAGCUGGCUAGGAUUGUUGAGAUGUACAGUCGGAGGCUCCAAGUCCAGGAGCGUCUGACCAAGCAGAUUGCCAUGGCGAUAUCAGAAGCUCUACAGCCAGCUGGAGUGGCUGUGGUUAUAGAGGCAGCGCACAUGUGUAUGGUGAUGCGUGGGGUUCAGAAGAUGAACAGUCGAACGGUGACCAGCUGCAUGUUGGGGGUGUUCAGAGAAGAUCCAAAGACACGAGAAGAGUUCCUACGACUCACCAAGAAUGCCUAGCAACCACCUCUGACCCCUGACCUCUAACCCCUGCCCUGACCCUGUAAAGUACAUGUUCUAGGGUAGAGUUCCUAAGACUCCUCCACACACCUCACAGAAGCCUUAUAUACACACACACAAGGCAAUACAAGCUCUCAAACCUGUGUGUGUGUGUGUGUGUGUGUGUGAGAAUUUCUGGCAGAGUGAGAGGCUAUAACUCUAUAAUUAUGUGAGAAAUUGCAGUCUUUAUGCGCAAUUAUUGAUAUAAUAACCAUCAUAUUGAAGUAAACUUGGAGUCACGUGAUAUGUUGUGUGGUCCUCCCACUACGACUCAGGAAAUCAUGCAGUUUAUUAGACUACAGAUUAGUUAUGAUGAACUUCACAGGGUGGUGAAAGUGCUAUUAAAUAUCAAGGGCCUUAUUCUUGUGACAUGAUGAUCAAUGCUUGGCUGCCAAGACCAGAGUGGGCACAUACAGUAUAUAACGUAACAGUUUUGUGACAAAAGCAUCAGUAGAGUUGAAAAUGCAAUGGAAACCCAUUUAACUUGUAUUUCUUUACUUGUAUAUUUAACCACAAUAGUUAUUUGUAUGUGCACUACGUCAUCAUGCACAGCCUUUUAUUCACAGCAAGUCAAUUUGAUGGAAAUACAUCUCUGGUGGGAAAAUGUGCAUUUUGUUUUUAUGCAGAUUUUUGAAUAUUCACAUGAAAAUCUGUCACCAAUUGGGUGGAAACCUAGCUACUGUCAUCAAGUUGCACUUUUUUAGGACCUCUCUUAUCAUUUUACCUACAGAAUGUAGAAACGUGCCGUUUUCACAUAUGUAGACACUGGUAUGGUGCUGGAGAUUUUUCUAUUUUUUAAACCUUUAUUUUGACAGGGAGUCAAUGCUAAGACCAAGGUCUCUUUUCUAGGUGAGCCCUGUAUAGCACCACAAUACACAUUAAAAUACAAUAAAACGCAUUAAACUACACAUUCAUAUACACAAUUAAAUACACAUUAUUAUACACAACAAUACACGAAAAGCAAAACACAAUCAUAAAAAACAGACAAAUUCUUCGUAAAAAGGUCCCCUAACAACCAUCUGAAAUGCUCUAGAGGCAACAAUUCCUCCAAUUUUGAAGUGUAUUGUAUGUAGAUCAUUCCACACUUAAGAUGCAAGGAAAUUAAAGGCUGAUUUACCUAACUCUCUAGAAGCCAAAGGAAUCUCCAGAGUUAACCAACCCUGUGAACAGGUUUGAUAACUUGUCAUUUAUAGAGAUAAUGACUGAGGUUGAAAAGUGGUGGAAUGCCCCUUUAAAGGGGCAAUCUGCAGUCCCUACAUACAUUUUUGGACUUAUAAAUGAAUUAUAUAUACACCCAUUGAUUCUUGAGGAAUAUAACUUAUAAAUGCCUAAUGAGCUUAGUUCAACUGUCACACCCAAUCAGAACCCAAAAUAUAAGCUUGUUUUACUCCAAUGUUCGUAAAGAAACACUGCAUAGCCUCAAAACAUGGUUAAAACUAUAACUGUGAUAUCAUGGAUGGUCAGUCCUUGCCUACAUAUCUCAGUCUAUACAUUUGAGAGUGGUUAGAUUUAUCCAGCCCCAUCCUUCAUCUUUUUACCAAAACAGUUAUUUUUCCAACAGCAGAUUAGCCCUUUAAGACUCCAUAAUGUUUCAUCUGUAUGUGGUACAAAGGAAAAUAUUUGUAACUAACAUUUGUAAAAAAGUGUAUUUCAGCACUGUUCAGCAAAAGCAUCUCUAUAGUUUAUAAGCCAACACGUGUUCUACUAUAUCUAUAUUUCCUAGAAUGUGUCUAACAAUGUUUUCCUCUGUCUAUGUUGCCAUUGUUUUCAGGAAUCAUCAUUAUGUUGUGUGUUCUCUCAAUAAAACUAUAUCACCACAA